AUGAAGACAUUGCCUGGCUUAGGAGAGAUAAGAAUAUCUCGUUGGUUAGCUACUUCAUCAUCGAUGGAAGUCGAAUUAUAUGGGUUUGCAGAUGCAUCGGAAAAGGCUUUUGUUGCAGUAAUUUACAUUCGAGCCUCAAAUAAAACAACGUUGGUAGCAGCAAAAUCAAAAGUAAACCCAGUUAAAAAUAGGAAGACUUUGCCAAAAAAAUCUGAAGCGGUUAAGGACAAAUUUGUUCGAGUUAGAGUAGAAGAAAUAAAAAAGGCUGUUCCAAGUGCUACAUGGGGUCAUGUACGAUCUAAAGAGAAUCCAGCUGAUGCCGCAUCAAGAGGGAUGAAACCGGAGCUGCUAAAAGAAGACGAUUUAUGGUGGAGUGGUCCACAAUGGCUGCAGGAGAAGAAAAAUUGGCCCAGUUCAAUGGUUCAACCCUUUAUUGGAGUUAUAAAGGAAAAUAAACAGGAAGAUAAUGUCAUCAUGCAGUUAAUUACGAGGGUUUCCAACUACAAAAAAAUCAUAAGAAUUGUAGCAUAUGUGCGAAGAUUUAUUGAACGAGCUCAACGGAAGCCGAAAGGAAAUGAAUUAACUGCGGAAGAAAUAGACAAGGCAGAGCGAUUAAUAAUUACGAGCGUACAAGCAAAUCAGUUUUCGUUGGAGAUUUCGUGUUUGAGAAAUGGGAGCGAAAUACAAACGAGAAGCAAGAUAUGUGGACUAAACCCGUUCAUUGAUGCAGAUGAAGUGUUACGAGUUGGAGGCAGGCUAGAGAAUUCCUGUUUAAGCUACAACAGGAAGCAUCCGGUUUUACUGGGAAAAGGAUGUCUGGUAGAUCGUAUAAUUACCGGCAUACAUAAAGAAACGCUACACGGUGGCGCGAAAGUAAUGGAAAAUGUGCUGCGUAACAAAUAUUGGGUGAUUGGCGCCAAGAAUGCAGUAAAGAAAGCAGUUCGGUUAUGCGUCAAAUGUGCGCAUUACAGGCGAGAAACUGCUGCUCAACUAAUGGGAAACCUGCCAGUUUAUCAAAAGGAAGAGGACAACGUGCUUAUAAAGGAUACAUCGCUGUAUUUGUCUGUAUGGCAAUCAAGGCAAUACAUUUGGAGGCAGUCAGCGAUCUUACAACAAAAGCAUUUUUGGCAGCGCUUAGACGAUUUUUCAGCAGAAGAGGGAAAAGUAGCCAUAUGUAUUGGAGCGGCAAGGCAUCUCGAUGAGGAAUUUAUUAAAGCGGUACAACAGAACUCUGAUGUAGCAAGUACAUUAGCAUCUGAACUAGUGGAGUGGCAUUUUAUUCCGCUGGGAGCUCCUCACUUCGGAGGAUUGUGGGAGGCGGCGGCGAAGUCGGUGAAGCAUCACUUGAGACGGGUGACUGGUGAAAAUAAAUUUCUUUGCAGAGGCAACUGGGCCUGGGAAGACGCAAACGAUCAAUCAUGUGAGCUAGCAGCGCUUAAACCAACAAGCAAAUGUGAAUGCCAGUUCCUGAGGACUCAGAAUAGGAAUGUUUGGAUUGAAUUGCUAUUUAAAACCAAGGAGCAAGUUUCGGUUCAUAUUCUGUGCUCUGAACACACCAAGGGAGUAUAUUAA